AUGUCCACCAUCCCAACACCUCCAUCGACCACGCUCUCUGAACCAUCAUCUCCAACCGAACUCCCUGUACGUCUGAGCGACAACGACCGUGACGUGGAGGAUUUGGACUCGGAUCCCACAAUGCUUGGCCACCACCCAUCCCAUUCCGCCGCGGCCACGGCGCAACAAAUCAUCAAGACGACGACCACCACCAUCCGCCCUGUGACCGUCCACCCGAAACCAAUCUAUGUGAUUGUGGCGACGAGUCUCAAUCCGCCCAUGGGCAUUGGGAACAAAGGAGGUCUACCCUGGCCGCCGAUCAAGGCGGACAUGGCGUUUUUCCGCAAAGUCACCUCUUACGUCCCACCAACGACUUCCUCUUCGGAUCCAGAUUCUUCUCUGCUCAACCUCAAUGCCGUGAUCAUGGGCCGGAAAACGUGGGAGAGCAUUCCGCCUAAAUUCCGGCCCCUCCCCAACCGCUUGAACGUGAUCAUUACGCGCAGCAACCCUAGACAACUUGGUCAGCAGAUCGCCGAGGCGCAGAAUCAGAACCAAAAGGCUGAGCCCGAUGUCGUCGACUGGCGUGUCGGCAAGGUCGACGUGCCUGCUACCAAAACCAAUAUUCCCUCGACAACUUCGAAGCCGAACACCAACGACGCUACUGAGUCUGAGUCUGAGUCCGAAGCAACGCCCACCAUCGUCGUACCUUUGUCGUCAUCGUCAUCAUCACCAUCCUCGACUCAAUCGCCCAUCAUGAUCUCGCAAGAUCUCAAGUCCGCACUGGCCAUUCUGUCAUCAACCUCGCCAAUCUCGGUAUCUGUUCCCAAGAACUCUAAAACAGCGUCAGCGUCAGCGUCAGCAUCAUCACAAGAACCAAAAUACAUCUCCAUCUCCAUAUCAAUCCCCAAAAUCUUUUGUAUCGGCGGCGCCGAAAUCUACCGCCAAAUCCUGUCUCUGUCAUCGACCACUCCUAGCACUACGGGCCCAGAAACCGAAUUAUACGACGUGCGGAUUCUCCAAACCCAAGUCCGGAAAGCCACUGAUUCGACUGCCGGUAGUGUUAGUAGUACUACAACCGACAAUACUAGUACUGCUGCUUCUUCCGCCGCCGCCGCCGCCCGUCGUCCCUCGAGCACAAUUAUUGAACCGCCCAAAAAAGACGAUUUUUUCGAAUGCGACACUUUUUUCCCCGACGCCCUCCCCGCCGACCCGGCCAUCAAAUCGGCCAAAUGGAAGGUCGUCGCGCCUGAAAGACUGAACCAAUGGGUUGGCGAGGGCGUCGAGAUCCCCCAAUUUCAGAACCAGAACCAGAUCCAGAUCGAGGCCGGAGGAAACGACAACAGCAACAAGAACAAAAACAAAAACGACAGUGAUCGUGACCGUGACCAACAACAAAAGGAACAAAAAGAGGGCUGUGCUGAUGACGAUGUUGAUGACGACUAUGAAAGAUAUCGAAAGGGCAGUAUUAGUGCCCGGGUGCUGGAUGAUAAGAAUUGGUAUCGGGAUGGCAAGACCGCGAUAGAGAUUCGGGUGGUUGGAUGGGAGAGACGGUAG